UAUUGUGUGUUUUUAAAAUAGGUGAGAGUAGGUCAAGCUAUCUAUUCAACUGGAAGGUUGUUUAAUCACUCGUGCCAGCCAAAUAUUCAUGCUUAUUUUCUUGCACGGAUGCUUUUAAUACGUUCCACAGAAUUUGUGCCAGCAUGGCAUCCACUUGAGCUAUCUUAUGGUCCCCAGGUUGGGCAAUUGGAUCUUCAGGACAGGCAGAAUUUACUUGAAGAGCAAUACUCAUUUAAAUGCCAGUGCUCAAGUUGUUCAGAGUUGAAUUUUUCAGACCUAAUUAUAAAUGCAUUUCGGUGUCCUAAAGCUGACUGUCUAGGUGUGGUCUCACAUGUGUCACAUUACAAAAAGAUUGAGGAUGAUCUUCUGCAAGUUUCUGGUGCAUCUUAUAGUUGCAGACUCUCUUUGCCUGUGGUUUCAAAGCAUAAAAUGGGCAUCAGCAAGGUGGCACACAUGUUGAUUAAAGAAAACGGUGUCACAUGUGAUAUUGGUCCAGGAUAUUGCUUGAGUUGUGGCUGUUAUCGUGAUUUGGAAUUCUCAGUUACAGCUUCUAACAGUGCCAUGUUCAACAUCCAAAUGUUAAAGGAUUCUAUAACUUCAAAAGGAGUUCCAGAUAUUUUGAUCUCAGAUGCCUUGGAAUCCCUGAGUCACCUCAAAAUGAUUAGGCAUCCAUAUAGCAAGGUUGUUGCACAGGCUGAAGACAAUAUUGCAGAAGCCUAUGUUAGGAUUGGAGAGUUUGAACGCGCAAUGAAUCACUGCAUAGCAUCAAUAGAGAUUCUUGAGAAGCUUUAUCCUGCUGAACACAUUGUAAUUGGACAUGAAUUGAUGAAGCUUGCCUCCAUUCAGCUGUCCUUGGAUGAUCAUGCUGCUGCUCUAAGCAGCAUUAAACAAGUAGAAGCAAUAUUUUCACUCUAUUAUGGAUCUCACAUGACCAAAAUAUUUCCAUACAUAGAAGCCUUUAAGAGAGAGGCUGAAAGCCUUCUUGAAGAGACCAACUCAGUUUAAGCAUUCAUGCUGGUUGCAUAAGAGUCAAGUCAGUGCAGCAAGACUUAAGUUAUGUUGCAUCAGCUCAAAUGCUGAAGUGCUGGCAAAUUUGAACGUGUAAAAGCCCCAGGUUGCUCAUCAAGCUGCCAGUGUUGUAGAGCAGGUUUUGCUUUCAUGCCUGUACUAAGUGAACCUGUUUAAGCAUGGAAAAUUGGCAUCACAACUCCUCAAACCUGUAUGCACAGUCAAAUGUAAAGGGAAAAAUAUCUUUCAUAUCAAAAAAAAAAAAGAGGGUGGCAUCAUGUUUUGGAUUUUGUCACUCAACAAUGGAAGUACAGUGAGUGCAUGCAUGGAUUGUGUUCUAUUUCCCAGGGCAAUUGAAGAGUUUUAUGGCAGAAUAAUCAAGAACUGAGGCAGAGUAUGAUACUUAGAAGCGCUCAGUUGGGAUCUUACCAAAAGAGUGGCAAAUUAAGAGUAUGAAAGCCAAAAGGCUUGGAUUUGCGAAAUGUCAAAAUCUUCUGUUAUGGUGAGAAAUGCCUUCAACCUCUCAAUGUUUAACUAUUUGAACUGUACUAUAAUAUUGCCAGCGAGAACUCUGGAUGUCUUGGUUUCCUAUGCAAUUAAGGAACCGGAUGAAAUUUUUAUGUCAUGGUUGUAUUUUACCAGAACAUACGGGAUUCGAUAUUUUUUGCGAUCUCUGUUUUUGUAAUCUUUGGUUUUAUUUAAAUCUGACUUUCAAAUAACCAUCAGAAAUAAUGUAAGUGGGAUCUGAUUUUCUUCCA